AUGUCCCCAAUCAACCAGGUCAAGACCUUGUCUCUAAGCAGCGUUGGCCUACUUGGAUUGGCCACUAUCACGAUUUACCUCCUGGCCAAGUGCGCACAUCUGCUCUUCUUCCACCCCCUCGCAAAAUACCCUGGCCCAAGGCUUGCUGCUGUUACGCAGCUUUGGCAGAUAUGGCUUGCCUUCACCGGCCGACAGUGCUUCAUUAUGACAGACCUCCACAGAAAGUAUGGUGAUGUUGUCCGCGUGGGCCCCAACUCUCUGUCCUUCUCAACGCCACAAUCAUACCGUGAUAUCUACGGACACGUGACGCACGGCAAGAAGAGGUUUCUAAAGGCGAAGUGGUACGAGGCGGAUGAGCCGCGCAUCGUCAGGGUGCGCGAUCCGGUCGUUCACACCGAGCAGAGGAAGACCCUUUCGCACGCCUUCAGUGCCCGUGCCCUGCGGGACCAGGAAGACGUCUUCCACAGAUAUGUUGAUCUCCUGCUGAAGCAGCUUGACACACUUGGGGCAGGAGGCACGGUAGCCGUAAAUGCUACUGAGGUUUGGAAUUGGCUCACUUUCGAUGCUAUAGGGGAUUUGGCAUUUGGCGAGCCAUUUGGCUGCCUCUCUGGAGGGUCUAGCCACGAAGUCAGCAUCAACUUCGAUUAUCUCAUGUACUCGGCUGGACGAAGGGCGGCCCGGAAUCUAGGCCCUGUGGUGGGCGGUCUCUUCUUGCGCUGGUGCUUCACGAAACGCAUGAUCGAGAAUCACGACGAGCACAUAAGAUUGGGGAAGGACAAAGCAAGGAGGCGUAUCGAACGUGGCAGACUGGGCCGGCACGAUUUCUUCGACCACCUUAUUAAGAACGGGAGCCUGACGGAGGAUGCGCUGAUGGGUAAUGCGGAUACGCUGAUCAUCGCUGGAUCGGAGACCACCGCCACGGCUCUCUCUGGACUCACUUGGUACCUUCUCAACAACCCGUCCUGUCUUGCGCAGCUCACCCACGAGAUUCGAGGGGCCUACAGCUCCCUCGACGAUAUCACGGGCGACUCCACCGCCGAACUACCAUACCUCCAUGGGUGCAUAGAGGAGGGGCUACGAGUCUUCCCACCUCUGGCAUUCGGCCUACCCCGCGACUGCCCCGGUGCGGUCAUCGACGGCCAUUUCAUCCCCGAAGGAACAGUCGUGGCCAAUGAGAACUACGCAAUGGCUUUCGAUCCCCGAUACUGGAUCGAUCCCACGUCGUUCAGGCCGGAGCGCUGGAUUGGCGAAGGCUUCGCCAAGGAUGACAAGAGGGCCUUCCAGCCCUUUUCUUGCGGGCCUCGAGGGUGCUUGGGAAUCAAUCUGGCGUAUCUAGAGAUGAGGAUCUCGCUGGCCAAGCUGUUGUGGGCGUUUGAUCUCGAGUCAGAUACGGACAUUGAGGAUUGGAAUAGCGCGUGCAAAAAUCACAUUCUGUGGAAGAAGCCGGAUCUAAACGUCAAGUUCCAUCCGCGCGUGGCCAUUUAG